CAGUUUCGUUCCGCGCACUGCAUCGUUCCACACAAAAAUUCCCAAGUUUCAAGUGCUUUUGCCGGUCAAAUCCAACCGAAAAUGUUCCGUGCCUUGUUCGCACGACCCCGCGGCCACUGGCGACCCCUCUCGCUCCGCAGCGGCGCCCCGAUCCGAGCCCAAACAUUCGCAUCACCAGCUAUAAGCAGUUUUCAUCAGAACACGAUUAGCCGGCUAGCGCCGGCAACCACCAGCUUCCUUCCGAGCCGACUCUACAGCGUCAAGACCAAACCCGUCCGGGUUAGACAAACAAAAGCCCAAGUCCCGCUGCUGGACGAGCUGAAAGCGGACGCGCUCGCCCACCGCCGGGUUCAGCUGGACAAGCUGAGUCAGCUGCUGGCGGCGACGGGUCAGCCCGAGCCGGGCUCGCACGAGUUUCUGCUCGGGUGCUGCGGCCGGCUGCUGCUCGAUCAACCCGUCGAGGUGCGGAUGCAGCUGUUUGAGCGAUUGUGGUCCGAGGCGGGAGAACCGACGCUGGAGGCGUGGAAGGUGCGGCUGCGGGUUUACGCCGAGAACGGGAUUGAGCUGGAGGGGGUUGGGGGAUUUUUGGAGGGGGUUAAGGUGGGGAAGGAUGCGGAGUUUUACGAGCUGCUGCUGGGGGUUGUUUGUGAGCGGGGGGAUGUUCGGAGGAUGAGGGAAGUUUUGGCGGUUUGUGAGGCGGAGGGGUACGGGUUGACGGCGCGGUUGGGGGCGCUGUUGAUUCGGGGGUACGGGAAGGUGGGGGAUUUGGCGGCGGUGGAGACGGUGAUUGAUACGAUGAGCGCUGGGAAUGUGGCGUUGGACGAGGGAGUUUACGGGGAGUUGAUUGUGGGGGGGUUGGCGAAUGGGCAGACGGAGAAGGCCGUUAAGGGGAUAAAGGAGAGGGGUGCGUCGUUGAAGGAGGUUCAUCGGAUUGAGGCGCUGAAGGAGGCCCUUUUGAGGAAGGCUGGUGAGGCGACCAAGUUGUUGGUGAAGCUGUUUCCGGAAGAUGUUUUGAACGAUCCUAGCAUCGAUCCGGUUUUUCGCAAUUUGUGCACGGAACUUUUACAGCUGGAACAGUACGAGACUGUGCGAACUCUGCUGAAUGAGCUCCCGGUUCCAAAGUUUAGUCUGAACGAGAACCAGGACAGCUACGGCGUGUCGAUCGUCUUUGAAAUGGUCAAACAGAACGUCCCUUUUCCGGAGUUGAUCAAGAUGGUAAAUUUCCUCAUCAAAACUGAACGGAACAGUCGCGCUUUGCACGUGGCUUGCGAUUGCGCGGCCAAGUCGCGAAUUGAGCUGUACCCGAAGCUGUUGGAAAUCCUGCGCGAGCAGGAAGAUCUUCGUCCGCACUACUUCUGGCCGCUGAUCGCACAGAGCUUCACAAAGCACGGAGAAUCCGGCGUCCUGGACGUGCUAAAGCUGAUGCAGCGCACUAAAACCGAAGCGGACGCCGAAACGCUGUCCGUGUUUGUCCUGCCGAAACUCUCCGUCACGCUGAAGGACGUCCGGCUCGCGUUGAAGCAGUUUGAAGACCGCGGCAUUCGGAUAGCAACGCUCAUGACUCCGUUCGUGUCCCACCUGAUGUACCAGAACCGCUUCGAGGACGUCAGUCGCGUCACGAAGCUCUACCCGGCCAAGCUGAACACGGAGUCGCUGAUUUGGCCGCUUGUUCUGCAGGCAACGGUCAACAAGAGUACCGCCAACUUCAAGAGUAUCGCGGAGGUCGUGCGAGCGCUCCAGGACAAGGCACAAGAUCCGAAGCACGACCUCGGCGGUCAGCUGUUGAUGGAGCUGAUCAGCAACAAAAAGUCCAAGCACGAUCAAGGAUCCAUCAAAGCUUUGCUCACCCAGUUCGAACGGCACCAGGUCCAGAUCAGUCGGGUGUGCGUCAACGUGCUCAAGACUCACUUCGCCAAGAGCAAGCGAAUCGACGCCGAAGUGGACCGACUGCUCAAAGUCCUGCAAGACGAAAAGCUGACCCUCCCCUCGAAGGAACUGUUUGACUCGAUCAUCGUCCACCCGCGGGACAUGACCUACGACGAGCUGGAGUGCCACCUCAACGAGCUCGAGGAGAAGAACCUGAACACGCGCGGCGUCCUCCGACGACUGCUGCAGCUGUGCGUUCGCGAGAACCGUCUCGAUCGCGCCGUCAUCAUCAAGGAGAAGUGCGAUCAAGCCCGCGUAGAACUCAGCUCAGGCAUGCUCGCUUCCGUGUUCGAUCUGCACAUCAAGCGGAAAAACGUCGACGAAGCUGGCAAGACGCUGGAGCAGAUUCGAACCGCUUUCCCCGGAUUCCUCGUGGACGACCACAAAAUCAUCGACUACGCAGCACUCCUAGCAGAAAAGGGCUUCCUCUCAAACGCCCGCAAAAUCCUCAAACAACGAGCCUCAGCCGGACUCCGCCCAGGCAACGCCAACCGCAACAUCUGGAACCUGCUCACCAAGACCGCCCAAUGGAGCGCGCAAACCGAACCCACCUCCGACAAAAACCACACCGCCGACCUCCUCAACUUCCUCGUCGACCUCAACUACUGCACCCACGACAACACCCUGCUCGGCCCCGUCAUCCGCGAGCACCUCCUCAAAAAUCAAACCCAAGCCGCGCUCGCCGAGUUCAAACGAAUCGCCACCGAACUGCGACGAACCCCGCUCCAACUCGAAAUCUUCACCACCCUCGUCAAACUCACCAACUCAAACGACCCCCAAAUCCCACCCGACCAAGCCAAAGCCCUCCUCUCCGACCUCAUCGCCAUCACCUCGAAAAUCCACGGCCCCGUCAACACCAACAACACCCUGAUCGUAGCCCUGGCGGACGCCGGAACCGAACCCCAGCUCCGCCGCAUCCUCAUGAACCCGGAAACGCGCGUCAACCACGAGUACAUCCUCACCCAGUGCGAGUUCCUCGUCAACGCCGGCAAACUCAACGUCGUGCUCCGGUUGGCCAAGUGUGCCCGCGGGUUGGCCAACGUGCGCGAGGCGGACUUCCUCGCCGUCAUCAUGAAGCAGUACGUGAGGGAUAACAACUGUGAGGCUGCGGUGGAGCUGUUCAACCGGCUGCAGGCGGACGAUGCGGAGUUGAAGAUCAGCGGCGAUUUUGCGCGGAAGUUGAUCGAUUUGCUCGAGGUGAACAGCUACGACGUGCCGAGCGAGAUUCGGUUGUAUGCCAAGUGAGGGUGAGUUUAGGAAGUUAGGUGGAAAUAGAAUAAUGCUAGUCUUAAUGAAUAAAGAAAGUUGAAAUUUA